UAGUUGCAUGUGGGAUGGCCAAUCAGAUUCCUGCUAUGUCUUUCAUUCUUGCAAUCAUCCUCAGGAGUACGAAGUUUGCGUGGAAAAGCUCAGGUAGCCAGGCAAGAUUAAUAGGUACGUUGAUAUCGGCGGCGGGAGCAAUCUCAAUCACUCUUUACAAAGGGCCUACGGUCAGAAGCCACUCAUCAUCAUCUCCCUCACUGGCAGCCCCUUCACCUCCACGCCUUUUCGUCUUCACUUCAACCCAUGAGAACUGGAUUCUUGGCUGCAUUCUCUUUGCUGCUUCUUCAUUUACCCUAACCAUCUGGAACACUGUCCAGGUGGGAACUAUCAAAAUGUGUCCACAAGUGAUGAAAAUAAUCUCAUUUUAUAGCUUAUUUGGGACUCUCCAAUCAGCUGUUGUUGCUCUCUUCAUGGAGAGGGAUCCUUCCGCAUGGGCACUGCACCUUGACUUCCAACUCCUCGUCAUCGUUUUAACAGCAAUUUUCAGCAGUUUGAUCCGCAGCAGUGUUCAGAUAUGGUGCACGCGAUUGAAAGGACCUUAUUUCGUGCCCAUAUUCAAGCCAUUCGGAAUUGCGUACGCCAGCACCUUCGGAUGUCUCCUCUUCCCCGACACCUUUCAUUAUGGAAGCAUGAUGGGAGCAUUUGUGUGUGGAGUGGGGUACUACACCGUGUUGUGGGGACAAAUGAAAGACGAAGCGAUGCAAAAAUCAGAUGGUGGCAACAAGAAUGAUGUUCCUGAUCAGAAGGUCCCUCUUCUUCAAGAUGAAUCUCAAGUGUGACCAUCAAAGAUUAAUGAUGCGGGUACAUAGGAUUUUGGAAGGGUUUGUUUUUCAGGAUCCC